AUGAAGCAACUAGUCGAAGCUCUUUUUGCGCCAUGUACAUGGCUAAUUGCUGUCAUUACCAUUCUUUCGUUUAUUCUGCUUGUCCGUCUCAGUCUGGAUGCUAAGCUAAUCCUCGCACUUCCCAACGGCUCCCCGAAGCAUUGGGCUGCGUAUCAUCUUCCCCUGCUUGGCUCCGCUCUUCCGUUUUUCAGGAGGCGGCGAGAUAUGCUUGCUGAGGGACAAGGCCUUGUCACUAAUGGAAAUUUCAGCUUCUUCAUCGGCAGCAAGCACAUUGUCAACCUGGGAAGCUUGCAAGGACGUAGGACCUUCUUCGAAAGCAAGAAUCUCAGUGUUUCCCAAGGUGCUAUCGAGCUUUUGGUAGGCCUAGUCUCGGCCAACGACGACCUAGAGGACUCUGCCGCCCAGGACUUCAUCAAGUCCCUUUUACCUCUGACUCGACCAGCCAUGUUGGCCAGUAAAAUAUCAGUACUUACAGACGACAUUCACCUAUUCUGUCGAAAUCUCCUCCUUUCCACUCCUUCGGAAUCCCGUCCGAACUGGCGGGUCAUGAACCCAUUCGAGAGCGUGUAUUUCCUUACCUCCAAGUUAAUUAUGCGAGUUAUUGGUGUAUCAGAGUGGGCCGAAGAUGAAAAAUUAAUGAAUCAUAUCAUCUCGUGCUUCUACAAGUUUGAGAAUAACUGCAGCAGGGCACGGAUUGUCUUUCCCGGCCUUGUAACUUACACGCACCUAAAGAAACUGUUUUACGGAGCCUUACUAUGGAGGGGGAUCACAGAGGUGGUUCAGCAGAGGAAAGCAGGCAAACGACGAGACGAUGCUGUCCAGUUUGUGCUAGACCAGGACAAGGAUGCUAUUAGAUUCACGUUUAGCAUUCUUUCAUCCGGUAUUACGACAGAGGGGUGUUCCGCAUCGUGGUUGACCGUGUUUCUCGCCCAUAGUCCGGAAUGGCAGGCUAAAUGUCGAGCCGAAGUGCACGGCGUAAUCGCCCAGAAGCGAGGAACCUCGAGCCAAUCCGCCGACAGCAUUCUAGGGAAACUGUCGCUCGAGGAAUGGGAAGGGAGUUUUCCCGUGAUUAUGGCGGCUAUUCGAGAAACGGUCCGCCUUGCUAUGCCGGGUGCUAUGGUUAGGAAGAACGCUAGCGGGAGUGCGGUCUCUAUUGGGCAAACAAGUGAAGUUAUCCCAGAUGGCGCUUAUGCAUGCUUCCUCAUAGACAACGUGCAUAUGGAUCCAGGGCUAUAUCCCGAUCCCUACGGUUUCAAUCCAGAGCGCUAUCUCGUCCGGAAGAGUGGCUUGGAAGAACCAGAACCCCAUACGUACGUCGGCUGGGGAUCGGGACGCCAUCUUUGCCCCGGAAUGAGACUUGCUAAGCUGGAGAUCAGUAUGGUUAUUGCUCACCUCCUUGCUCACUUCGAGUUUGAGCCUUCAGAUGGGAAAGGUUGUAAGUUGAGAGAGCCAUUGCCGCUAGUGGAUAGAAACGAAUACCGAUUGAAAAAGCCCAAAGGGACAGUCUAUAUACGAUACAGGCCACGCGAGUAG